UUUGCAUUUUCACUGUUUUGUGUAAUUCAUGCAUGGUAUAUUUGCUUGGAGACUACUACUCGAGUAUCCGGUGAAACAGUUGUUGAAGAAAUACCAACGACACAGCAACAAGGCGAUUGACCUAAUCUGUUCAGUCGCAUUUAUGACUGUGCCCAGUGAGCCGUUGAGUUUUGGAUUCCGUCCACAGUUGUGAAGUCUCUUUGCCAGCUAGGCGAAAUAUUCAGUAUUUGUUUGAGAGUUUCCUCAGUCGACCAUACUACUGCAGGCUUUGGACAGGUGAUAGAUUUAUAAUCAUGCUCUCAGUGUAACUCAUGGUGCUGAUAGCGCAUUGAGGAAGUUUAUGUCGUGUUCGUGUAACUGGUGAUAGUGCAUUGAGGAAGUUUAUGUCGUGUUCGUGUAACUGGUGAUAGUGCACAUACAUUCCGUGAUACUGCUAGUUUGUUUUGUGCGGCAUGGGGAAACGACGGUGUAACCUGUCGUCGCUGAUCGGCGUCUUGUGCGUAGCAUGGUUUAUAGGUCUGGCGUGGUUUGCCAUGUCCUUGCACAACAAAGGUGAUACGUUGGAGCACUCUGGUUCAUUGUUCGUAGCUGGUGAUGGGGAUGGGCAGUUGCGGAUCAAGGAUGACGUCACCAGGCCUGCAGCUAUCCGCAAUCAGUCUUGGAACGCCCCAGUCAAAUCUUUACUCGUUGUAGCAAAGCAAGGGCCUGACAUGAAGGCACCCGCGUGGGAUUCAGACCCACAACCGCAGCUGACUGAUGAACAACGUGAGAAACAAACCAAGGAAGGCUACUCGCACUAUGGUUUCAACAAGUACAAAUCGGAUCGCAUUGCGCUAGAUCGUGAUAUUCCAGACACUCGUCACUACAAGUGCGCUACCCGCAACUACCCUCCACAGCUACCCAAGUGUUCAGUCAUUGUCAUCUUCCGCAAUGAGGCAUGGUCGGCAUUGCUGCGUAGUGUUAUCAGCUUGCUGAGACGGACACCGACACACUUGCUGGAAGAAGUACUCCUCGUGGAUGACUUUAGUGAUAAGAAACAUUUGGGAAAACCGCUGGAUGAUUACGUCGCCAAGUUGCCUAACGUCCGUGUUAUUCGCCAAGCUAAGCGCAUGGGUCUGACGCGGUCUCGUAUGGCCGGAGCGGCUGAGGCUAAGGGUGAUGUGCUCGUCUUCCUAGACUGUCAUAUUGAAGCAAACAUUGGCUGGUAUGAACCGUUGGCAGCGCGGAUCAAAGCCGACUGGAGCAAUGUCGUGUGUCCGGUGAUUGAUAUCGUCAACCAAGAUACGUUCACCUACCAGAGUGUCGGCAAUGCGUUCGUCAUGGGAUCGUUCAAUUGGAAUCUGAUCUUCCGAUGGCAGUCCAUCCCAGAUCGCAUACGUAACUUGGACGUGCGUGAUGAGACAUCCGAAUUCCGCUCACCCACAAUGGCCGGAGGGCUGUUCGCUAUCAGCCGAUCGUACUUUGACCAUCUCGGCAAGUAUGAUUACGAGAUGGAUAUCUGGGGCAGUGAGAAUCUUGAGAUGAGUUUCCGUAUUUGGCAGUGUGGUGGCCGGUUGGAGAUAGUGCCUUGCAGUCGUGUUGGUCACGUAUACAGACGUCAGUCGCCAAUCUCAUUUCCAAACGGUGUCGAUCAGACAACUACUCGCAAUGCUCUACGUCUUGCCGAGGUGUGGUUGGAUGAAUACAAGGAGAUCUACUAUCGCCUGCGACCGGAUGCACGCAAGCGCAACUAUGGGGAUAUAAGCGAACGUGUUGAUCUUCGCAAGAAUCUCAAGUGCAAGUCUAUGAAGUGGUAUUUGGACACGGUGUAUCCUGAACUCUACGUUCCCGACAAGCAGCGCAUGCGAGCCUGGGGCGACAUCAAGAAUCCUGCCACCAACCUGUGUGUUGAUACGCUGGGCAAGAACGACGGUGGAGAGCCGAUCGGUGUGUACCAAUGCCACGGCAUGGGAUCCAAUCAAGCCUUCUGGUACACUAAGAGCCGUACGUUGCGUCGUGUCGAUAGCUGUGCUAUACCACGUGGCACUCAAGUCAUUCUCACCUACUGCAAUCAAGACCAAUCGCAGAAGUGGGACCACAGCGGCCGGGGCACCGUCAUCAAGCAUGCUGCCACAGGCAAGUGUCUUGAGCGGGAAGCAGCAGGCAGCAGCACAUUGCUGAAAGUAGCACCAUGUAAUGCCAAUCUGCCUUCCCAAAUAUGGGAGUUUGGAGAGUACAACGAAGAUAUCAUGAAAAACUAGCCCUGAACAAGUGUCCCAGCGGCAAUCAGUGUGGCAGGACAAACUGUCGGCUUUUCUUCCACUGUAUCAGUGCCGGUAUCAACCCCGGAUGAGUGUGUUUACCUGCUUGUGCGGGAAUUGAGACUGUCCAGCUCAGCUGUGCUGAACUGCUGCUGCUGCUGCCGUCAACACAACAGGUUGUUACACACCACCACCAUGUUAGUGCUUUGCUGUUGCUAUGGAAACAAGUAGUGCACUAAUCAACCGUCACCGUUACAUGACUAUUACCAUUCACUGUAGAGAGUACUGGGGUGGAAUUUAGCUACCGCCGGCAGUCCUUAUAUGAGAGCAAUGUGUGUUGCACACAAAAAACACACACACACACACACACAUACACUAGAGCUCUCCCUAAGCCAUACCAAGGGCUACAUAUAGAGAUACUGUGGGUUGUGUUUCUCUAGCCUCACGUUGAGAUGAGCCGUUGCGCUCUCCAUAUUCUUUAUUGUACAUAUAUGUACAGUAUUGGUUGGGUUGUAGUUGUUGUUGUUCUGUAAUAGACACGCUUUGUUGAGCUGAGUUUCUGAAUGCUUGCUGGCGUUUGUUGUUUCAUUCGAUUAUAAGCUUUGUAUGUAUCCAGUCUAUUCUAGAGAGAGAGAGAGAGAGAGUGUUUUCAUAUCAUUGCCUAUGCUCGGCUAUGCUUGGCGCGCGGAGUUAAGUCUUUCUGUGGCAUAGGUGCUAUCGCCGUAGCCGUGUAUCACUGUGUGCACAUUCUCUUCCUGGCACCGAUUGCUGACUGUUGCUGACUGAUGCUGCUGAUACGUCUGUUUCUGCUAGCAUCACGCUCAGCAGUGAGCUAUCUUGACUUGACACUAUGACAAACCAGAAAAUCUUUGUCAUAAUAUCUAUUUUUAAUCCUAAACUUCAAUCUCUUCAUUCUGUAGGGUAGAUUUUUUUAUAUCUCUUUUUAAGAUUGUCUUGCCUUUUACUUUUGAAGUAUCUUGUUUAUCAUUCUAUUACUUGUAAUAAUGUAACUAUGAUUAGCCGAUGGCUACACUUUCGGCUAUGAACUCCAAAGGGCUACCCACCCGCUUUGA